AUGAUACGAACUUCUUCCAUUCGCAGUCAAGAUGAUCCCUUGUCUCUUGCUAUACGGCCUCCUCCAGAAGAAUCAGACUCAGAUCGCCAUAUUCGGCUGCAGAAUGAAGCCGAAGCGCGUCGAAUCUCAGAACAGAUAGACGAAGAACUCAGGUUUGAGAGGGAAAGGUUGAAAAAAUCCAAAAGUGAUGUCAAGUUACUUCUCCUCGGCCAAGCUGAAUCAGGCAAAUCAACACUGCAAAAGCAGUUCCAGCUCAUGUACAGCCCUGCGUCUCUUGAAAGCGAGCGCAUGUCAUGGAGAACCGUCGUAUAUUUUAAUGUCGUGCGAUCUAUCAAAAAGAUCCUUACAACCCUAGAAGCUUGGGACGAUAUCGAUGACGGGAGCGACUCUCAAAGCACUCUCGAGCGUCAAGAACUCGGUGAUUACCUUCCCACUCGGGCUUCGAGUUCGGCAACACCCAGUAUACACAGUUCACAAAUCGGGGUAGCCCUUUCGCCACCGUCGCCUACGUCACCCACUAGUCCAACUGCGUCUAGUCCCCUUCGGGGAUCUACUGCGAUAUCUGAUCUCCGGCGACGGCUUUUACCACUCACAAAUACUGAACCUCAGCUUGCUGAUGGUUUGAGUGGAGGUGUCUCUGUAUCAGGGUCCGGCAAAGGCGAAGUUUACGUUCGAAGCGGAUGGCAGGCGAGGACCAUCCAAAAAGGUCAGAAGCUACUCCGCAGGCAGCCAAAGCCCAGUUCAUCCGAGGACGAACUGACAAUUGAGCGUCCUGGAACAGCUCUAUCAGUUAUCGAUGCUGACCCUCUUGUGGAUGAUGUCGCAAGAAUGUUGGAACAGUCGAGGGAAGAUAUCAGGACCUUGUGGGAGAACCAAGUUGUCCGUGCCUUGAUGACUAGCCGAAAAUUAAAGCUAGAUGAGUGGUCAGAGUUUUUCCUGAAUGACAUCUCACGUAUCUCGGCACGGAAUUAUGUACCGUCCACUGACGAUAUUCUUCACGCACGCAUCCAAACUAUGGGUGUUGCUGAGCAUAUUUUCGACGUUGACAUUCACGGCAAGACUGUGACGUGGCAUCUCUUUGACGUUGGUGGCGCCAGAGGACAACGUCAUUCUUGGGUACCGUACUUUGACGACGCAAACGCCAUAAUUUUUGUCAGCCCAAUCAGUGCUUUUGAUCAGGUGAGAGCUUCAGCACCCGCUGUUCGUGGUAUCUUCACAUACCUCAAUGCACCUUCUCAGUACCUCGAGGAAGAUCCUCGCACCAACCGUAUCGACGACUCGCUGCAACUCUUCACACAAAUCUGCUCCAAUCAGCUCCUCAAGAAGGUCCAUCUAGUCUUAUUCUUGAACAAGACCGAUAUCCUAAGAAAGAAGCUUGAAAGAGGGUUAUCUGUCUCAAAAUACAUUCUCUCGUAUGGCGACCGUCCAAACGAAUACGAGUCGGUUGUACAGUACUUCCGUGCCCACUUUCUCCAAGUCCACAGACGAAAUAACGAAAACAGACGUGUGCUAUACACGCACUUGACAAAUGUUGUCGAUACUAAAGCAACCCAAAGCAUCAUAGGAAACGUACGAGACUCUAUUUUCCGAGGAUACUUGCAAUCUGCCGCGCUCGUCUGA